AUGAAGACCUCCAGUGCUCUUCUCCUGGCCUCUGCCGUCGGCGGCACCUUUGCUGCCCCUGCCUCUACCAAGGCUGGCAUUACCUUCAGUGCCACCACCACACACACUGGCAAGGUCCGCAACGCCCUCGACGAUCUGGCAUACGCCUUCAACAAGUACGUCCCCGCUGAGAAGCAGGCUGCGAUCUUGGCCUCGCUCCCCAAGCGUGACACCGGCUCUGUCGCCACCAAGGCUGAGCCCAACCCCGCCGGCUACGACAAGCUCUACUUGACUGAGGUCUCCAUCGGCAACCCUCCCCAGAAGCUCAACCUUGACUUCGACACUGGCUCUUCCGACCUCUGGGUCUUCUCUACCGACACCGGUUCCUCUUACACCGGUGGUCAGACCCUCUACAAGCCCAAGUCUUCUUCUUCCUCCAGCCUUAUCAACGGCGAGUCCUGGGCCAUCCACUACGGUGAUGGUUCUCAGUGCUCUGGUGUUAUCUACUCCGACGACGUCACCAUUGGUGGCCUUACUGUCAAGGGCCAGGCUGUUGAGUCUGCCCAGAAGGUCUCUUCUCAGUUCACCAAGGACAGCCAGAGCUCUGGUCUCCUCGGUCUUGCCUACAGCAAGGGCAACACCGCCAAGCCUACCCAGCAGAAGACUUGGUUCGACAACAUCAGCUCUAAGCUCGACAAGAACCUCUUCACUGUCCGCUUGAGACACGGUGCCGAAGGCUCCUUCAACUUUGGCUACAUCGAUUCCGCCCAGUACACUGGCGACAUCAGCUACGCCGCUGCUUACACCGAUGAUCUCGGCCACCGUCUCUUCAACUCCGAUGGCUACGCCGUUGGUAACGGCGAAACCAAGAGCGCCUCCAUGAGCGCCACUGCUGAUACCGGCACCUCUCUCUUGAUCAUUCCCGACGAGAUUGCCGACGACUACUGGUCCAACGUCCAGUCUGCCAACAAGGUCCAGACCCAGGGCGGUAACCUCUGGGUCUUCAACUGCUCUGACUCCCUCCCCGACUUCAGCUUCAACGUCGGUAGCGGCAAGGCCGUUGUCCCUGGUGACAACAUGAACUACGCUGCUCAGGGCGAUGGCACCUGCGUGGGUGGUAUCUCUUCUCACCCUGGCCUCGACAUCACCAUCGUCGGUGACGUCGCCAUGAAGUCUGCCCUCGUCAUCUAUGAUGAUGCGAACAACCAGCUCGGCUGGGCCACUGGUGCUUAA